AUGGUUUGUAAGAAAUGCGAGACUAAACUGUCCAAGUUGGCUGCUCCGGAUCCAUUCACCUCUAGCUCACAGAGUAUCAAGGAUGGCUCACGCAAAGUCGGGGAGAACAAGCUGCUGUCGAGGCCCGGGAGCUCUAAGAACAGGUUUCAGGCAGCCGUAUCAAGGAAAAUGUAA